AUAAGCUAUUGAGGCAACGAUGAAUAGUGAAUUGUGGGCUCUUAAGAGGUCAAACCUUUAAAAAUGUUCAUAAUUUCCACUAAUUAGCCAUUAAUUAAUUAGUUAACAUUGAAAAAUAGGACUAUUAUUUAACUGUUCAGACGAAGAUUAAAGAUUUACAUAAAAAAAUAUAAAGAACAAGUAAGUACAACAAACCUUUUAAUAAGUGGAUUAACUAUUUCAAUAUAUUCAUACACGUAAUAUACAAUAUAGUAUAGUAGGCCUAAGGAGAGCGAGAGAGACAUUUAACAAUAAGAUUUGUCCUCCAUAUUAAUAAUCCUAUAAAUUUAAAAUAGAUUUGUAUUUAUUAAUUAAAAUUAAUUUUUAAUUUAGUAAGUUUUUUUAAUUAAAUCAAUAGAAAAUUUAUUUAUAUCAAUAUGUUAUUUUGCAGUUACCAUAGGCUUAUAAAUUCACUUUAAACAAAGACGUAUAUAUAUACUGUAUAUAUACAUUUACAUGUCUAUGUUUGUGUGUGUGUUUAUGUGUAUGUGUAUGUAUUUGUAUGCUUUUGAGUAUGGAUUUUUUUAUUUUAGCAGGCCUUCGAUUAGGUGUAUAAGGCAAGAAAAGUAAGAAAAAAAUAUUGAAAAAUAUUCUCAAAUGACUGAACAUUGCGUCCGAUCAGGAUGGUUGGAAAGGAGGAAAGGCUCAAAGAAAGGUUCAGUCAAGUCGUAUUUUGUUCUAACGUCGGAUGGUUCACUUCUGGAACGUAAGAAUUCUACAGCAAACAAUAUUGAAAAUUUCUCUAUAAAAAACGGUGAUUUUCAAGCUUUUGAGAAAAAUCAAAUACUCAUCAGUCCGGAGGACAUAAAACUAAUUUUUGACGAUGAACGGGAUAGGGACGAUUGGAUGAGAGAUAUGAAAAGAAUUGCUUAUCCGGAUUGCGGAGCUGGUAUGUUUGGAGCCACUCUUAAGGACGCCUAUCUAUUCGAGCGGGAGAGGAAUGAAACCGUUCCAUUCAUUGUGAGGAAAUGUAUUAAAAAGAUAAAGGAGUUUGGAUUACAAUCGCAAGGCUUAUUUAGAAAAUCUGGAAAGAUGACUAUGGUUGAGAAAUUGAAGGAAUCGUUCGACAGAGGAGAGAGAGAUGCCUUAGAAAGAGGAGAUUUUACAGACGUUCAUUCAGUUUGUUCUCUAUUAAAGAGAUAUUUGAGAGACCUACCCGAACCUUUAAUACCUUUUAACUGCUAUGAAAAAGUAAUGCAAAUUAUGCAAAGAACGUUACACGAAAACGAGACAAUAGCCUUUAUUAAACUCCAAAAUACUCUGUACAGGAUCCCUUUGUGCAACUUUUAUAUCUUGUCUUAUCUAAGCCUCUUUCUGAAUGAAGUUAGCGUAAUCGAUGGAAAUCUCAUGAAUGAUGAGAAUUUAUCUCUAAUUUUUGAUUCAUAUUUCAUAAGACCGGAAAUCGAUGACGCUGACUUGUUAGCUUGUACGCAACCCAAUCGCCAGAAGGCGACUGCCUAUAUUAUAAAAAAGGCUAGGAAGCUUUUUCCCGAGGAGAAGAGGGAAGAAGAUAUUGACAAAUUACUGGACGAGAAUUGUAGUGUACAAGAUCUAAAAGAUGUUAUUAGACAGCAAAGGUUACAAUUGACGAAGAUGGUUGAAGAGAAAGAGAGUGCUUUAACCAAGGUUGUCCAACUUCAGACAAAACUUGCUGAACUAAUGAUAAAUUAA